AUGCUCUGCCUCUGUCACAGCUCCAGUCUUGCUCAACAUCAAAGAAUUCACGCUGGAGAAAAAUCUUAUGAAUGUAAUCAGUGUGGAAAAUCUUUCUUACAGAGGGCUCAUCUUGCUAAACAUCAGAGAAUCCAUACUGAAGAGAAACCUUAUGAAUGUAAUCAGUGUGGAAAGGCUUUUACUCAGAAGGGCAGUCUUAUUGUACAUCAGAGAAGUCACACGGGAGAGAAACCAUAUGAAUGUAAUCAGUGUGGAAAAUCUUUCCAACUGAGAGCUACUCUUGCUUUACAUAAAAGAAUCCAUACUGAUGAGAAACCUUAUGAAUGUAAUCAAUGUGGAAAGACUUUCAGAGGUGGCUCCAGUCUUGCUGAACAUCAGAGAAUCCACACAGGAGAAAAACCUUAUGAAUGUAAUCAGUGUGGAAAAUCAUUCCCACUGAAGGCUAAUCUUACUUUACAUAAAAGAAUCCACACUUGUGAGAAACCUUAUGAAUGUAAUCAUUGUGGAAAGGCUUUUAGAGACAAUUCCACUCUUGCUAGACAUCAGAGAAGCCAUACUGGAGAGAAGUCUUAUGAAUGUAAUCAAUGUGGAAAGGCUUUUAGAGACAGUGCCACUCUUGCCAGACAUCAGAGAAUUCACACUGGAGAGAAACCUUAUGAAUGUAAUCAAUGUGGAAAGGCUUUUACAGUCAGGGGCAGUCUUACUGAACAUUGGAAAAGCCACACUGGAGAGAAACCUUAUGAAUGCAAUCAGUGUGGAAAGGCUUUUACACAGAGGUCCUCUCUUAGAGUACACCAAAUAAUUCACACUGGAGAGAAACCUUAUGAAUGUAAUCAGUGUGGAAAAUCUUUCUUAAUGAGGGCUAGUCUUGCUUUACAUAAAAGAAUCCAUACUGGUGAGAAACCUUAUGAAUGUAAUCAAUGUGGAAAAGCUUUUACACAGAGGUCCAAUCUUAGAGUACAUCAGAGAAGCCACACUGGAGAGAAACCUUAUGAAUGUAAUCAGUGUGGAAAAGCUUUUACACAGAGGUCGAAUCUUAGAGUACAUCAGAGAAGCCACACUGGAGAGAAACCUUAUGAGUGUAAUCAGUGCAGAAAGGCUUUUGUACAUAGAUGUCAUCUUGUUGAACAUCAGAGAAUCCACACUGGGGAGAAACCUUAUGAAUGUAAUCAGUGCGGAAAGGCUUUUGCACAUAGAUGUAAACUUGUUGAACAUCAGAGAAUUCACACUGGAGAGAAACUUUAUGAAUGUAAUCAAUGUAGAAAGGCUUUUACACAGGGAACUGCUCUUAGAGUACAUCAGAAAAUCCACAAUGCAGAGAAACCUUAUGAAUGUAAUCGGUGUGGAAUGGCUUUCAGAUUUAGCUCUUGUUAA